UCCACUAGUCGUCACGUGAUGCGAGCUAAGAGUGUAGAGUGCACGGUACGUGUGGACAACCAUGAUGGACGCAACGGAUAGUCAAGAUAUGCUGGAUGAUGAGAAGCCACGAACAUCUACCGUCGACCUUUCCACAGAUUCUACGCUUGUAGUUGAUAUUUCAGAUGCUCUUAGUGAGAGGGAUCGUGUUAAAUUCACUGUACAUACGAAGACUACUCUACCUGAUUUCAAAGAGAGUGAGUUCAGCGUUGUAAGAGAGCACGAAGAAUUUGUCUGGCUGCACGAUCGCCUUGUGGAUAAUGAUGAAUAUGCGGGCAUAAUUAUCCCACCAGCACCACCCAAGCCAGAUUUUGAUGUUUCUCGUGAAAAACUUCAGAAGUUAGGAGAAGGUGAAAACACCAUGACGAAAGAAGAAUUCCAGAAAAUGAAGCAGGAACUUGAGGCUGAGUACCUAGCAACAUUCAAGAAGACUGUUGCCAUGCAUGAAGUUUUUCUAACCCGAAUUGCUUCACAUCCAAGUUUGAGAAAAGACAGUAAUUUCAAAGUGUUCCUUGAGUAUAAAGGAGAGUUGAAUGUACGUGGUAAGAACAAGAAAGAAAAGUUGGGUGGACUUUUUAAAGGUUUGGCUAAAGGUGUUGAUGAAGCACUACUGUCAAGUCAAAAGGAUGUUGAUGAAUUUUUUGAAAGUGAAAAGAAAUUUCUUGUUGAAUACCACAACAAACUAAAAGACUCUACACGUAAAGGAGAUCACAUGACAAGAUGCCACAAGAAUUGUGCCGACACAUUCAUAAAGAUUUCUUCUGGUGUAGCGGCUAUGGGAACCAGUGAAUAUGCAGGUCUUGAUAAGUUCUUAAACAAGUCAGGAGACUACUUUGAAAGAGCUCGUAAACUGGAAGGAAGAGUUGCCUCUGAUGAGGAUUUAAAGCUUGUUGAUUUGCUUCGCUAUUACCUGAGAGACACAGAAGCCGCUAAAGACCUUCUCUAUCGCCGUGCAAAGUGCUUGUCUGAGUUUGAGGCUGCAAACAAGGCCUUGGAUAAAGCAAGGGUCAAGAACAAGGAAGUUGCUGCAGCUGAGAGUGCUCAACAACAUGCUAGUGAAAAAUUUGAACAAAUGUCAGAAGUAGCACGCCAAGAACUAACAGACUUCAAAACAAGAAGAGUCCAACAUUUUAGAAAGAAUCUGACUGAACUAGCAGAGUUAGAAUUAAAGCAUGCAAAAGCACAUAGUCAACUGCUAAAGAACACACUGGCAGCACUAAAAGAAUUGUAGUUACACCAAAUAUUGUAAUCAUUAUGAAAUACAAACCAUUAUGUUAACAUUAAACGGAAAUCUUGCUCUAAAAGUACCAGUAAAUAGCCUUUAAAACGUCUUCUAAGUUCAGUGUUUACAAUGAGCACAUAUCCUCUCUUAAUUUUUGGACUUCAAAAGCAUUAAUGCUGUUGCAAAAUAACUACCAACAAACAUUUUUGCUUCUACCAUCAAAAAUAACCAUGUCUCAAAAACAAGGUAUUUUUCACUUAUUGUAAUACAUAUACUGGACCGCAUUUUUUAUGAUUUUUUUUCUGCCAAACAUCUUACAAUGUUUUAGUAAGUUACUUGAUUUUCAAAAGAAUUUUCGUGGGUAUCCUGUGAUUGUGUACAUCUAGCGUACAUUUUAUGUAGUUUUGACAUUGCGACUCAUUUUAGUCUGUUAUAAGUUAAUAAUUUGUCAAUUGAUCACCUUAAAUGAAAAUAAAUGUAUAGUAAAAUAGGAAUGCAUAAUAAAGAUCUAUAAGUUUGGAUA